GUUCUUAUUCAUUUGUUGAUCCAAAACACAAAGUACGAACAGUGCAAUAUACGGCUGAUGAAACUGGAUUCCAUGCUUCUUUAAUAAAUUACGAGGACACAAUUGCCCAACCUGUUGAUUCAGAAGCUGUGCGACUCGCCAAGGAGAAGCAUUUUCUGCUUUAUCAUAAGAUCGCCGAAGCGAAUGCUCACGGUGUUACAGUAAAUCUCCCUCGGGAUUCCGUAAGCGUGGGGAGAGCGAAAGACAGACACCUUCAGCUUUAUCACAAAAUUGCAGAUGAACAUGCCGCGAUAGCCGCACAAAGACAAGCAGAACGAUUAGUAUACGAAGCUACUUCUGUGGUAAACGAUGUAAAUCCAGAUCAUGCCUAUUAACGUUUAUAAAUCCUAACAAACAUGCUGCUAAAUUGUAAGGAAGCCACCACAAAGUCGAACGUUACAAUAAUUACUCCUUCAACGCGAGCCAUAUCUACCAAAAUUUCAAAUUGUCUACAUCACUUCAAAAAUUUAAGAAAAAACAGAAUACCCAUAUGCUUAGUACCGGAGUUAAUUUUGUAUAAGGAAUCGUUGCAGAAAA